AUGUUUUUUUUGGAAGACGUGGAUUUUCUGGAAGACACCCCUUUGUUGGAAGACAUGGAUUUUCUGGAAGACGCACCUUUUUUGGAAGACGUGAAUUUUCUGGAAGACGCACCUUUGUUGGAAGACAUGGAUUUUCUGGAAGACACGGCUUUGUUGGAAGACGUGGAUUUUCUGGAAGAUGCCGCUUUGUUGGAAGACGUGGAUUUUCUGGAAGACGCACCUUUGUUGGAAGACAUGGAUUUUCUGGAAGACGUGGAUUUUCUGGAAGACAUGGUUUUGUUGGAAGACAAGGAUUUGCUGGAAGACAUGGAUCUCCUGGAAGACGUGGAUUUUCUGGAAGAGGAUUUGAUGGAAGACAUGGAUUUUCUGGAAGACUUGGAUAGGCUGGAAGACCUGAGGUCAUUGGAAGACAUGGAUUUCCUGGAAGACAUGGCUUUUCUGGAAGACAUGGAUUUUCAGGAAGACCCGAAUUGUCCGGAAGACCUGGAUUAUUUGGAAGACAUAGAUUUGCUGGAAGACUUGGAAGAAGACAUAAGUCUGCUGGAAGACCUGAAUUUAGUGGAAGACAUGAAUUUUCUGGAAGACGUGGCUUUAUUGGAAGACCUGGAUUUGGUGGAAGACAUAGAUUUUGUCUGGAAGACGUGGAUUGAUUGGAAGACUGGGUUUGGUGGAAGACAUGGAUUUUUCUGGAAGAUCUGGAUUUGA